UUCCCCUGUGUGAUGGUUUGUAGGAAAAACAAACAGAUCCAGAUAACGAUCUAUCCAUUUUAUUGUUUUGUGUUUUUUCUGACAUUAUUUUUUAUGUUAUACAGAUACUAACCCUAAUAUUUUUCGUAUGUGGAUUAUUGUCACAGAUUAGCAAUGGUCCACUAGAUGGUGAUGUCUGCUGCAAGGAACAGAGGUAUCGUGCUGAUUUUCUUUGUUUUAAAUGUCCUUGUCAGCAUGCAUUUUUGCAGUUGUAUGCAAAUCACUCCAAAUUGCAUUUUUUGAAGCCAAAAAAUAUAAGAUCACCACCGAUAGCUAGCAUAUGUACACAUUAGUGGUUUUAAAGAACAGGUUGUACCUUAAAAAAAAGUCUAUAUUUUUCACAAUAGCGAUUUAAACUCCAUAAAAAUGGUCGUAAAUUUUCGUUGGGCGCAAAUAAAAUAGCGGCUGUUGGUACACGUCCGUGGCGCAAUAUGCACACAGAAGCAGUCUCUGAGGCCGUCAACAGUUUGCAGUCAUUUUGUUUUCUCGAUAGGCUAUACAUUCAAUGAUAGCUAGUGUUUGUAAUUUGCCAAAUUACUAUCAUUAGCUGUGGGCAAACUAUCAAAAAAAUAACUUGUGCUUGUGCGUAUGAUACGUCGUCGUACUCAAAGCAGGAAGAGGCGGGAUAUACUGUAAUGCCAGCAGUGCGUUUGAAUGUUGGCACUUACUCGGCAGCUAGAGGACCCCGCUGCAUAUAGUUCCUUUCAAGAUAGCAGAAUUAAGAUAAUGUUCGCAUCAAGCGCUAAAACAAGCAGAUACUGGAUAUAUGGAGCCAAAACAGUGCCAUUAAGUUUUGACAUUGCCGAAAAUACACAAAUUGACACUCAAACAUACAGUAUUGACACUGAAAAAUGUCAUGUCUAUCUUUUUUCAGUGACUAUGCUUUUUUUCUCUCUCUUUUGCCUCAUUUUCCAAUUACAACAUUCAGGGGGUUUUUUUGUUUUGUUUUGUUUUUUUAGAAAUUUACAUUCAACCUAAUGGCAGUGCUUUGGCACAUAGGUGACUGAGAAAAGCACUAUACUUGCAGUUUGGCAGUUUCUGGUAAGCUUUUGGAAGCCCUUAAGGCAACAUGAUGGGUCGAUUGGUCACAUGAACCACUGUUUUCCUCUUUUAGUAUAUUAUACAGCCACACUAAUACUAAACAAACUAUUAUUAAACGAAUGCCUCUCUGACAGUCUCAAUCGAAGCUUAACAUUAUCUUUGCCUGCAUGUGUACCUAAUGUUGUGGCCAGUGAGUGUAUACAUGCUCAUCUAGUGCUGCGAGGAGAAACAAGCUUUGCAUAAUGGACCACAGGGGUGUAUAUUGGGCUUGUGGGGGGUACAUUUUUGCACCCCUCAGCAUGAAUCCUGGCUAUUUGCCUAUGGAGGAGGGAGUCAUUUAAAUACUGUUUGGUGCUGCCUCAGCAGCUGCUGCUGGAGGACGCAGGAAGAUAGUUUCAUCAUGGAUGGGCACCACUGCACUUGUUAAAAUACAUGCUGUCUGAUCUAUGACUUAGUUGUUCUACAUUGGAAAUGAUCAGAAAUGAUACUGUGACUUGACAGUACUGUAUAGUGAAUGUUCAUGUUCAUGGCUUUCUCCGUCCCUUCUGUUCCUGCGGAGGGCGUCGCUGUGAGCAUCGGCCUGUAUUAAUCAAGCUUCCUGGAAGGUGAGUGUAUGACGAAGAGGAAGGUGUGUGUGUGUGUUAGAGAAGACCAGCCAGCUGUUGCUCAGCAUCAUAGCGCACCAUGGCUGGCUGAGCAGGGAUAAUUGCAGGUAGCAGCCUGUUCCCUUCUUCACAAUGUAGAUCUGGAGAACAAUGAACGCUCCUCUAUCACCGUGGAGGGAAAAAGUAGAAGAUUAAAUGCAUUAGGUGAGCUGGAUAGGAGGAUUCCAAUGAUUCUGGCUUGAUUUGAGGUUCUACCAAAUAGCUUCUACUUAAUUUCUUGUCUUUUUUCAUGAAAUCUGCCAUCUAAUAUUGAGAUUGUUAAUAAUAAAUUAACGGCAUGUUUAAGUCACAAACGAUUUCUAAGCCUCUGAGGAUCUCCUCCUCUCUGUGAUUUGAAGGACAGACAAUCUAUUUCACACUCAUACAAUGAUAAAUCAAUGAGCCCCCGAGAUGGAUCUGUGAAGAGUAAAAGAUGGGGGCCGGGCCUCCUGGGAACAGCGUGACAAUGCGACUGACAGCCGACUGACAGGGGUUAACUGUUGAGGAAGGCUGCGGCUUGAAGGUGUAGAAGUGACCCUUGCCGACUCAAUCACUGAUUUUAUAGUGGUGAUCAUGGUCAAAAUGACAGGGAUUUGUGUUCUUGCAAUGUAUUAGUGUGUAUAAACUGCUGGCAACACAAGUGAGUAGACUGUACAGUCUUCUCACCUUGCUGGUGGUAGCACCAUGGUCUGGGGCUGCACGAGUACUGGGGAUAUGCGGUUCAUUGCAGAUUUACUGGCCACAGAAAAUUUGUCAACACAUUGUCUAAAUAGCUGGCAACACAAGUGAGUACACCUCACAGUGAACACCCAAAUUGUGUCCCUGGUGUGAAUAUUUAGCGUGAGCACCAUUGUUAUCUAGCACUGCCUUAAUCCUUUUGGGAAUGGAAUUGACUAGAGCUGCACAGGUUGUAACUACAAUCCUUCCCUGAUGACAUCACUGGUGGAGGUGGUGGAUGUUGGACACCUUGCACUGCUCCACCUUCCUUCCUUCCUUCCUUCUACUUGAGGAUGUCCCACAUGUGCUCAGUUGGGUUCAGGUCUGGAGGAGACAUGAUUGUCCACGCCAUCAUCUUCAGCAUUAUCAGCAAGGUGCUUUUCCAUCUUGUGUUUGGGCCCCUUGUCAUGCCUGAAAACUGUCAAUCGGCCCAGUUUCCACAGCACAUAUUGGAAUUCAUCUUUCCCCUCAAUGAACCGCAGCUGUGGCACUCAUGCGGCCUUAAGAACGACUCCAAAUGUCACUGUUGUGCAUAUAGUGUGUCACAUUCAGUUCCACCCUAGCUGCUCUUCUGCUUUGAAUGUCUAUUAUGACGAACGAGCGCUGUUCCCCUUCAUCGCAGGUGUCUGCAAACACUGCCCUGCACGGGGUGUCAGGCUGUCAAGUCGCACCACAGAUGUCUUCUCUUUUAUUCUCCAUCACUUCCUGUGCCAUCCCGUCAUCUAACCUGUGAUAUCCUGCUUGAAGUAAGACACACACGACUGCACUUCUUUCACAGGAAAUGGAUAGAUGUUGUUUUUGGUUGUGGACGGUCAUCAAUCCAAUUUGCAUCAAUAUACGUAAGAAAUACCCUCUAUGGAGAAAUUAUUUUAGCUGGACCCGGGAUAAUGUAUUCACAACACCCUCCAACUGGAAGCACAUUAACAUGGACAAGCCAGAUGGCUCACACUUGCAAAGAAAGUGUGAUGUCCGCCAUCAAUCAGGCUGAUGUUUUGCUGGAUUUUCAUGCAUUUUAGUUUCAUAGCAUGUCCCUCUACGUGGACAGGUAUGCUUGCCAUAGUGGUGUUUUUUCCAAUCAUUACAGUGUCUCAAACUGUACAGAUUGUCUCAUUGCCACCGACGUCAUUGUUAAUGAAAUGGACAAGUGUCAUACUGGUUGGACGGCGACACAUUUGAGAGCUUGUGAUGACACCUCGCAGCAUCCUAACCAUUCAAACGGCCUCUUCAACAGUCGGCUGCACUGCAUUCAUUUAGCAGCCAUGUUUAAUCUGAUUCAUGAACGCCAUUAGACGUAAUGGCAAUUUUAAGCAAUCAAUAUUUCAUAAUGAAAUGCCCCGCAGUCUGCUGUGUGCUUCCAGAUGUCACACCAGCGAGGGCACGUUGGACCUCCGAGUCGCUCUCCUUUGGACUUCGCCAUCUCUGACGGCCGCUGCCAGCUCUGUCACCCCCUCUUCCGUCACGCCUGUCAUCCCCCUUUGCCGUCCCGCUUCCAGGUCUGGAUGCCUCAGGGCCGCACACCAUGACGUGACACGCAACCACCCCCCCUCCCUUACACCCUGGAGGAAUAAGAGAGGAUCAGAUGGACGAGACGUGCAGUGUGGAUGGAUGUCAUUCCUAAACGACCUUUGUACCAUAAUGGUACGUCAAGAAACUGGAAUUUUAGACUCUGGUUGCAUAGAUUUGCAUUGCAUUAUAAUCCAUUUGGACGUGAUGUGUUACUUUACUAGACAUUAACAUUUACAAGAUUUUCACACUGAAUUAGGCACACACUCCCAUUUGCCAUAUGGCUCCCUUAAACACCUUUACUGUCACAGUAUUUUUUCUGUAGAAUUAACAAUCCCCCUUACUGGCUCUACAACUGAACAUCAGAUCAAUGCAGAGAUUAAUGGCUUUAUCAAUAUCAAUGCAAGUCCACUUUAUUGCUUGCACUUGCACAUUUGUAUACGCAAUAACAAUACUCUGUUUUGAUUGACAUUGCCAUUCAUUCACAUUAAUUUCUUUAUUAUUGUGGUUUUCAUAUUUUGACCCUCAUGUAGCUAAGGGUAAUAAGGGAUCCUAAAUUUUAGAAACAGCUGCUAACUACAAUUAAAACAAAAAAUUCAGCUUGUCAUUUGUAUUUACUUUGCAAUGUUUGUCAUCCAUCCAUCCAUUUUCUAUGCCGCUUCUUCUCAUUAGGGUCGCGGGGGUAUGCUGGAGCCUAUCCCAGCCUACUUCGGGCGACAGGCGGGGUACACCCUGGACUGGUCGCCAGCCAAUCAACUAAAACUUAAAUAGUUCACAGUUCUCGAUUGUGUCUUUCAUCCAGCGUCACAUCGCCACCAAAUAUUUUCACCGUGAUUGACAGAAGAAGCGACCAUAGGGCGGAUCCACGGCGCUCCAGGAGCCCUAUGAGAGCAUGAGGAAGCGAGUUUUAAGAGCGCCCAGCUCCGGGUGGGUCCCGCCGCCGCUUUUAUAGGUCCGUUUAAUGCUUGUUGUGGUCGGAAGGGGGCGGAGUGUCAUCUGAGCGAGAAGCUCCCAGCUGGCUCGGUGCCUGCAGAAAAUAUAUAAAUAUAACAAUAACCACCUCCUCCUUCCUCCUGGUUGCGAUUCAGUCUGCAGGCUGGAGGACGCCCGCCGCAGACAUCCUCCAUCCUCCACACCAAGCAGCUCAAUGAGGCGUCAGUGAAUGAGGACAAGCGAGGACAGCGAAUGAGUUUCCUUGUGGUUCAAAAAGGCUUAGUAGAUCCCACAAGUGGCCGAGCGAUGGUUUAGCAGCGCGACUGGUUCGAGUCUUUGCUGACGACCUGCAAUCCAUCCCCCCAUAAACAUCUGCGGACGCGUCCUGGAGGGAGAUGGCUGUCUUCCGGCUGGCGUUGCUGGUGCACGUUGGCUUCGUGAUCGCUCACGGAGGAGGAGGGGACCGGCUGGUGGUCGUGUACGGAGGCGGCCAGACGCACCACAGCCACCGGCUGGCGCAUCUCCACGCGCCGCAGCGACAUGCCGGGGAGGCGGCAGAGCGGAGGCCGAGCGACGUGGUCGACGAGUUCCUCCACACGGGUGACUCCGGCGCCCUGAAGCAGGCCAACUGCUCACGGAGGUACGAGCUCACCUCACUGCGGGGAAGGUCGCAGGAGAGUCCGCAUGGCUCCAUGAGCGGAGUGCUGGAUGUGGUGAUGCAAGCCACCAACUUCCUCAACAUGGUGCUGCAAGCCAACAGGUCCAGGGAGCAGAGUCUCCUGCGAGACGUUGAGUGGUACCAUGCCCUGGUCAGAAGCAUUUUGCUAGGGGAUGCCAAGAUCCACCGGGCUGUCGUCACCUUCGGCACCGAAUCGUCUCAUGCUUCUGGGCCUUGGGUGCACCUGCAAGCCACCAGGGAGGGGGGAGAGAUUGUGCUCCAAGACCUCUCUGGCAUGGCCCGGCAUCAUCUGCACAACCGCACCGCAGACACUGAGUGGUUCCACGGCGUUAAGAACAGGAAAAAGUCCACCUUACAUAAGAGGGUGCUGAGCCAAGACUUCACAUCAUUGGACAAUGCCCUUAGGAGAGGGGAAAGUUUUAUCCCGGACAAGACUCAUAUCAAGUGGUCUGCACCCUAUUUGGAGUGUGAAGAUGGGAAUUAUGUCCCCCGUUGGCUGUUGACCUUAUCGGCAGCUUUCUAUGGCCUCAGGCCCAACUUGGCUCCAGAAUUCCGGGGCGUGGUGCGAGUGGACAUUAAUCUCCAGGAUGUUGAUAUCGACCAAUGCUCCACUGAUGGCUGGUUUGCUGGAACCCAUCACUGCAACCUGACCACUAUGGAGUGUUUGCCGAUGCGUGGCCACGGCUUCGUGCUGGACAAGUUCAAGUGUCACUGCAGGAAAGGAUUCUACCAUCCCAGCCGAGUGGCUGUCAGCGGCUUUACGAGUGCGGGGCCAAAGGGAAAGGCACCAGACAGCAGCCCCAAUGCGGACGAGGCGUCCUCCAGUGAUUGCCUGCCGUGUCAGCCGGGCUGCGCCUUCUGCAAGGACGACACGCCGUGCGUCACGCGGGAAGACGGCGCCCUCCGCAUGGCCGUGCUCUCCUUCCAGUGCCUGUGCAUGCUGGUGGUCUUCGUUAGCAUGGUGCUGGUCUACCACUUCCGCAGGAACAAGAGUAUCAGAGCGUCUGGCCUCGUCCUGCUGGAGGCCAUCCUGUGUGGAGCUCUUCUUCUCUACUUCCCGGUUGGGAUCCUCUAUUUUCAGCCAAGUGUGUUUCGUUGCAUCCUGCUGCGCUGGGUUCGACUGCUGGGCUUUGCCACCGUCUACGGAACGCUCACCCUCAAGUUGUACAGGGUCCUGAAGGUCUUCCUGUCCCGUACGGCGCAGAGGAUUCCCUACAUGACCAGCUGGCGAGUGCUCCGCCUGCUGGCCAUCAUCCUGCUCAUCGUCUGCUGGUUCCUGGUGGCCUGGACGUCGGCUGUCUGCCAGAUUGCGGACAGGAAGUCGGCGCUCAUCGACGUGGGCUACACGCCCGACGGGCUGCAGUUCAGCAUGUGCCUGCUGGAUCGCUGGGACUACAUGAUGGCUGUCGCUGAGUUCCUCUUCCUGCUGUGGGCGGUGUACCUGUGCUAUGCCGUGAGGACGGUCCCCUCGGCCUUCCACGAGCCUCGCUACAUGGCCAUCGCUGUCCACAACGAGCUUGUGCUGUCGGCAAUCUUCUAUGUCAUCAGGUUCACUCUGGCUCCUGAGCUACACCCUGACUGGAUGCUACUGCUGUUCUUCACUCACACCCACUUGACUGUAACGGUCACACUGGGCCUCCUUCUCAUUCCCAAGUUCCUAUUUGCCGGCACCCAUAUGCGGGAUGAUAUAGCCUCCGAGGCCUACGAGGAUGAGCUGGACAUGGGUCGUUCGGGGUCCUACCUCAACAGCAGCAUCACCUCAGCCUGGAGCGAACACAGUCUGGACCCCGAGGACAUUCGGGAGGAGUUGAAGAAGCUCUACUCCCAGUUGGAGAUUUACAAGAGGAAAAAGAUGCUGGCCAACAACCCUCAUCUGCAGAAGAAGCGAAGCUCCAAGAAAGGUCUCGGUCGUUCCCUCAUGAGGCGCAUCACGGAGAUUCCUGAAUCGGUGCAUCGGCAAUGCAGCAGGGAAGAAAAGGACAUGGGGGAACACGGGAGCAAUCGGAACAGCAUCUGCAUGCUGAAAAAGAACCCGUUUGAUCAGACUGUGAAGCCCGUCAAGGAGGAGACGCUGAAGAGCAAGGUGUUCUCCCUGAAGAAGUCUCACAGCAGCUAUGACCACGUCCGCGAUCCGAGCGAAGACUCCAGCAUCUCGGCCACAGACAAGAUGGAGGUGACCGUGGCUGAAGGCUCCCUCCUGGACACCUUGAUGGGGAAGAAGCUCGUCAAGAAGAAGUCCAGCGAGAACCUGAACGCGCCGAGCGAGUCCACUGAGUCGGUGCCGCUGGUCUGCAAGUCAGCCAGCGCCCACAACCUCACCGCCGACAAGAAGCCUCUUCAUCCGCGUGCGUCCAUGCUGCAGAAGUCCCUCAGUGUCAUCGCCACUGCCAAAGAGAAGACACUGGGCUUGACAGCGAAGACGCAAAGUGUUGAGGACAGCAAUAAGAAGACUCAGUCAAAGUGCACAAGAGAAGCAGAGAACGUGGAGCAGAAGCAGAAUGCUCCAAAAGGCAGAAGCGAUCCAGUCAAGGGAAAGGAUCUUUACGAUCUCUCCGAGGUGUGUCCCUGGGAGGUGGAGGACCUCCCAACGCCUUCUGAAAACAAGGUCCAAAAGCACGUGUCCAUCGCGCCCAAGGAGACCACCACCGUGCACGGGGGAAGCACCAAGGGAGGAAAAUCUCAUCAGCAGAAGCAGAAAGUGUUGGAUCCGUCCCCAUCCGGCGUCAGACAGAAGAUGGUUCGAGAGGAGGUGUGUCCCUGGGAGGAUACCAAUCAGACGGAAGCGAUCAAGCAACAAUCUACGAGCCAGCAACCCAAAACUAGCCGUGAAGAGGUUUGUCCAUGGGAUUUUGGCGAGACCACAGAGACUUGUCCAGCAACCAAGCAGAGAAAAGGCACCUCGCCUCUGGAAGGUCAAGGCAGGAGCACUCCAACCGGAAGCUCUCUUCAGCCCCCUGCUUCCAAAGCCGACAUAUUGCCCAAUCCUGAGAGCCCUCCUCGGGUUUCCAAACCCAAAGAGCCCCCUUCAAAAAAGAGAACACUUGAGAGGGAAAAGGAGACGUCCAAAGACAGGGAGGAUGAGAAAAGUAGAACAAAAACAAAGGAUAAGAGUAAACCUUCUGACAGCCAGCAGAGAUUAGCCGAGGUUUGUCCCUGGGAUGUGGACAGCCAUCAGGAGGUGGCGGCCGUGGAGAAGCGGAAAAGCGCCAACGUCGGAGCAGCCAAAGCCAAGCAGGCUGAAGUCUGUCCGUGGGACUUUGAGGACACGUCAGAUAAAAAAGACAAAUCUUCUGUCGGGAGAAGGAGCACUCCCAGUCCUGGCGGCGCCCCAAAGAAGGCUGAUGUUUGUCCCUGGGACUUUGAGGACAAGAAGGCGUGACACCUCGCCUUGAGAGACCACUGACGCUCUCGCUGUCCAUGUGUCUUUUUUUGGAAAACACAUAUAUAUUGCAUUUUACUAGCAGUAGGUGACUCGAAUGAAAUUCAGUUCCACAAAGUUGCCUUCCUUUAUGAGGUUUUUGGUUGGUUUGGGUCAUUUUGACAGAUUUUACACAACAACAACAACAAAAAAAAAAAAAAGACGGUCGAUGAUGAUGAGCAUUCCAGUUGACUACAGGGACACGCUGGGGACAAAUCUUAGACUAAUUAUGCAACUUUUGAUUCAGCCUCGUCACUCAAUUAGCAGUUACCCUUAGGAAGACAAAAGAGAAGGACACUGAGGUUGAAGCAAAAGCCAAAGAAUACGGCAACAACGAGGGACAAACUUCUCAGUGAGGAAAUCAGUCUGAAGCACUUUAGCCAACUCCAUUAACACACCACACUCUACUCUUCAUCUUCACACCUUCUUCUUCUUCUAGGUCGAUUUAAUUGUAGUCCUCAGAGUCUGCGGGGGAAGACGUACUGUAUGUGCCUAAGUAAGUAAGUAAGCAUUGUCUCGUCUUACGUCAACAAAAGUGAAUCAUAAAAACAACGAGGGCCGCCGCUCGGUUCGUGAUAUCCCUGCCGGUCGACGACACGUAACUGUGUUCUACUAAACCUCGAAAAGAUGACAUUAUACGACACUUCACUGUCUUAUGCAACAGUUUUGUUAAAUCGUGUUUUUAUAUACAGUAGAUCCCCGCAUAUUCACGUAUCUCUCUCUUUAAAUUGUAAUUUUAAAGCAAGUAGAAUGUGAUUUGAUGGCGCUAGCUGCAGGAGGGGAAAAAAAAGAGAGCUGCAGCUGUGAAUACUGCAGAGGGCGCUGUCGCACAAGUCAAUCCAGCCAACAUUUUCCAGCAGGAAGAUGCUUUGCAGGUUUCGCACGUACAGUAGUGUACACUGUGUGCAUGUAAUUGUUUUUUAAUGUGUAAAAGUGCAUUUAAAGUGACUGUGAGAUGCAUAUUAUAUUGUCUGGAACAGGCGUCUCCAAUGGGUAGCUCGCCAUCUGAUUUUGAGUAGCUCACCAAAAGGGUCAAGGAAUAUUUUCUUAAACUCUUAAUUUUCAAUUCAGACACGAGGCCUUUAUUUAACUACAAAAUACAGCGGAACAAUGGUUAGUGUCAUUAAUUCCUUCCAGGAGGUCCGACUCUAACCAAAACAGAUGCUGACCGAAUCAAUUGUUUCCAUAAGAAAUAAUGUAAAUCCAAUUAAUCCGUAUCAGAAAGCCAAAAACAUGUUUUUAUAGUUUUACAAUUAUAGUUUUAGGAUAAAUUAACAUUUAAAGUUACUUUUACCUUCACUGAAGACGUGAUUUUUGACGUGACUGUUCCCAAAGACACGAUGUGGCAGCGAGAUCAACACCACCUUCUUGUUUUGCUUUGAGUUAUUUCUUGAAUUCUAUAGUGCUUAUCACCUCAAUGACCCAAAAUGGAACCAAAGAAAGUUUCGGCAUUUAAAUAAAGAGGGUGAGAAACACUGUUGAAUUCAAGGAAUAACUCAGGAAAAAUCAGGAAGAUGGCGUUCAAGAGGAAGGUGAUGAUCUCGCUGCCACAUCGUGUCUUUGGGAAGUCCCUUUUAUUCGUCAUAGCAUUGUUUAAUGCAUGUAAAACUAUAAUUGUGCAACUAUAAAAACGUGUUUUGUGUUAACAUUUCUGAGAGUCAACCGCUGAUGACCUCAUAAACGGGUGACAUAGGUGACUUACGGUUCCGGAUGCUAUUUUGUUAUCAAGCUAAGAGGAUGUUUGGGAUUAAAAAACAGUUGGAAUCACGCAGUGUAUUAAUUAACACGACAAGACGCACGUCGUUGUACGCUAAGCGGAAAAUGUAUGCAAACAGAUGCAAAAUUUGGGUGUACAUUUUUUACGCUAAUCGGGGGCGGAUGCUAACUGAGGUUCCACUGUACUACAAAAUAGCAUAAAGACAAUCGCCACUGCAUGGGUGGAGAUCUGCUUGGUCGAUAAAGUACAAUUUAAAUACUGCCAGCGAAGUAGCUCACGCCUCCUUUCGUUUCGUCAAAGUCGUUCUUGUAGUGAUGAAAGUUCAAACAUUUUUUGGGGUGUGUCCAUUUAUGGUUUUUCACCAUUCGUGUAACCCCUUUGAAUAGCGGAGAUCUAUUGUAUCUACUGUAAAAACUACAAAGACACCGAUUCCAAGUCCUGUUCUGACAAUUUCACACCUAGCUUGUGUUAGCAAUAGCCUAGGCUGAAAGCAAAAACACAGCUUUUCAAUGCUACAAAAAAAGUUGAAUGAGUAGGAAUUGAAUGAGAAUCUUUCACCCAUUUUUCUGUAUCCAACAUGUAGCAUAGCUCGCUAGCAUUAGCAGGUUUAGACUUAGCGGUGUCGAUGAAUGAUAUAACUAAACCUUCCGAAGGUUUUGUUUCGUGCCACGUUUUGUACCAAAAUUUCGUAACUACUCGUCACGCGCUCAGUUCAGUGUAUUCCAAGCACCGAUUUAUAGUCCGAACAAUAACGCAAAAGCUGGUCGAAUUGACAAUGUCUUGUGUUGGAAUGUCGUCACUGAAUGUCGUCACUGAUUAUCUGUGAUUGUCGACUUCAUUGUAAUCAAUGUCGCAAAAAAAGUCAGCAUUCGAUCUAAUCGACUUUAGUUUUGGUUUAGAAUCCAAGAGAGUCCAGAAAGUAUCCAGCAUUAGUAUUAAAGGGUCUUUUCGGUUUUGGUUUUCAUUUGAUUUUGUGUCUUAGGAAGCACUGCCAUGUUGAAUUGUACUGCCCUGAUGAUGACUAAUCAGCUGUAUGUCUUACAAAGAAGUAGCCUUUUUUGUCCGCGUUGGAAAAGUGUCUUAGUCAGACUCACAAUGAGACAUUUUUAAUGAUUAUCUUCGUUUAUUUAUUUAUUUAUUUAUGCUUGGAUUACAUUCUAACAUGAACUGGUUGGAAUCCAGAAUGUUUUAUUUAAAAAAAAAAAAAAAAAAGAAUGCAUGGCAAGAAAUAUUCACAAUAACAGACCUUCCCGGUAGCCUUUUCGUGACAAAAUUAAAUAAAUAUGAAGCCAAUUACAUAGAUUACAUUAAACUAUGAAAGUUUAUCAUGAAAAAAUAUGCAAUCGUUGUCAUGAAAUAUAUGAGUCAGCCAUUGAAUACAUGUUUUGCACAUGAAAUAAACCAUAGAGAAAAAAAUCGUAUUUCAAAUUAUAUUUCACAAUUUAUUGAUUACCUAAUGAACAGUUUCAUACAUUAUGUUUAAGUAAUAUUUUGGCAGUUUUAUCUAUCAGCGUUAUAUUCAUUAAAUUGUCUUAGAUGAUUUUUUUUUUGCCAAAAUAACAUAUAAACGUGAAAUAAUGUAUUAAAUAAUCCAUUCAUUAUAAAUAAUUCUCUAUUUUAUGUUUGAAAACAAUCUAAAUAUGACAUUAUUAAAAAUGUCAUGAAAUAUAUAAACCGGUCAUAAAAUAAAUACAUAGGCCAUGAGAAAAAGAAUAAAUACUUUAUUGUUUUGAGAUCUCAUACUUAUACAUCAUAUAUAUUUCACAAUUUGUUGCCUAACCAAUGGACACUUUCAUACAUUAUGUUACAUUUGAAUUAAUAUUUGGCUAUUUUAUCUGCAUUAUAUUCAUUAAAUUGGAUUAAUAUGUGAAAUAAUGUUUUAAAUUAUUCGUUAAUUAUAAAUUAUUCUGUUAUUUUAUGGGGGGGGGGAAUAUAAUGCCAUUAUUACAAAUUUUAUUAAAUAUAUAAAUUUGUCAUAAAAUAAAUUAAUUCAUAUUAAUGUGGCUUUUUAUUUAUUUAAUUUUGGAACACAAAAGAAAUCAAAUCACAAAACAUCUCAUUGGCUCAUUGACAUUCCCACUUGAGAGUGACAGACCGUAAUAACGCUGCAGCAUUCCGCCUUUACGUAAUGAAAGUGUUCCAAUACCCUUGCAUCGUCAUCCGUCUACCAAUCACACUCCUCCGUUCCGACACGCCUUGUCCACCAAUCAGAAUUUAGAACCGUGCUGUCAAUCAAACCCUUGCUACUACUCCUCCUAUUACUAUUACUACUACUACUACUAUUCAAUGCUGUAACGUCGUAAAUCUUGUGGCUUCUGCAUGAAUUCCAGAAAUUAGUUGGACCGAUGUUUCACUGCCCUCGAUAGAACAAACGAGAAAAAAAUAACAAUAAAGACGAAAAAAAGAUGUAAUGGACUGUUACAAGUUGUAUAGUGAGUGAUUGUGUCUCUUUAAGCCACUGUAUUGCUCUAUGACAAAGCUUAUAGCAUCCAUAUAUUUGGUAGAUUUCUAUUGUGUUACAUUGUGAUAGCAUGUACAUAAAAAGAUACCUCCUCUGCAAUAAAUAUUUCUAUGAAAACUAUC